AGCUUUGCGACGCCGAACGGUCUCUAAAUAAUAAAUAUCAAGGUGAGAAACACAAGUACAGAGAGGAGUUAUGGAUAUGGUGGCCGCAAGCUGGAGAUUAACUCCACAGAGUUUGCCACUAUUAUCACCAAAAGUCAAAAGCUUCAGGGUUUAUAGCUCUUCUUCGUCUUCGUCACUCUCGCUAUCUCCCAUAAUCCAAAAGACCUCGUCUCUGAUUCAAAAUUCUGGUGUUAUUGCUUGCCUUCGCGCCAAUAGUGCAGAGCUUGCAUACGAAGCUGCAACUGCUGCACUGAAUGGUGGCAUCUCUGUUCUGGAGAUUGUGAUGUCCACACCAGGUGUGUUUCAGGUUUUAAGGCAGUUGGUGAAGGACUAUCCUACAUUGGCUUUGGGGGUUGGUACUGCUUUAAAUGCUGAGGAUGCCAGAAACGCAAUGAAUGCUGGAGCCAAAUUCUUCAUGAGUCCUGCUACAGUGAAGGACAUUAUGGACGAUGUUGUGAAGGAUGAAAUUCUAUACAUACCUGGUGUAAUGACACCCACAGAAAUACUGUCUGCAUAUGAUGCUGGUGCUAAAAUGGUGAAGGUUUAUCCUGUUUCUGCAUUAGGUGGUGUCCAAUAUAUAUCAGCACUCAAGAAGCCUUUCCCUCACAUACCAAUGGUUGCUUCUCAGGGCAUCAAGAUAGAUUCUAUAGGGGAGUAUAUAUCUUCUGGAGCAUCAUCCGUUGUUUUAUCAGAUGCCAUUUUUGAUAAGGGAGCGAUGACCCAGAGAAAUUUCAAUGCAAUACAUCAACUUGCAAGCCUUGCUGCUUUGGAGGGAAAAGAAGCUAUUGAACGAAAAAGAAGUUGCACCACAAGUUAAUUGCUUCAGUAGAGCCUACAGAUUGUAUUCCUCAACAUCUAUACUUGACUAUCUCCGAAGCGUCUACAAGGUUCUGACGAUUGUAAACUGUUGAUGCAUCCAGCAAGGAAAAGAUACUGAGACUGGAAAAUGAAGGAUCUGUUGAAUCCAUAAAUCUCCUUUUUAUGCCUUUCUAAGAGCAGCAGAUAGCUACCUUCUGCACCCUUCUCAUGGUGUCAGCACUCCAUUUCUUUUAAACCUAUCCUUCUUCUCUCAAUUUUACUUUUAGGAUGGCGAGGCAUGGUCUUCAUAGAAUUAAGGGCUGUCCUCAAGUUAAAGUG